AAAGUAAAAUUUGCUGCAGUAGCCUGGGGGAAAUGGGGAGGAGCUUCCAGACAGGCCUAGACAUGAAGGGGAAAUCCCCAUUGAAUGGCAAACUGGUUGUUUCGUUUCGUCUCAGUUAGUCGUUGACCCCGACCUUGGUCAACAAUGUCUCAGUCUAAUAUUAACCAUCAAUUAUUUGAGGCAUAUUGUAAGGCUUAUCCAGACAAGAAAAAAGAAACUUGCCAAAAAGAACUUAACAAAGAAUGGGAGUCAAUAAAAUCAAGUUCAGAGAAUAAACCGUUGUUGAUAAAACCAAAAGCUGAAGAAUAUCUUAAAAAGCUUAAUGCUAUUGCUGCGAAAAAAAAAGGUGGAUUAAUGCAAUUUUUCGCCAACUCAUCGAUAUCUCAUUUAAAAACAAAAACAACCAUAGAAAGGCCCCAAGAACUAGAAUUUCAACCUGAUUCGGAUCAGUUUUGUAAACCUUUAUUGCCGGACUCUGAAACAGAACAGAACAUUUGUUCAAAAAUUACGAGUUCUGCGAAAAGGCCUGCCCAAGAAGCAACUAAAAAUGAAAUUGAUCUAUUAAAUGGGGAUUUGGUUGGUCUUUAUAAUCGACAAAAAAUGGACAUGCUAACUAUAGAAGAACAGGAAAUUCUUAAGGCUAAGAAAAGAAAGCUGGAUGAAUGUAAGAAAAAACUUAAAAAUUUACAAGAUCGCCAACAAAAUAAAAAAAAGUUCCGUGAUAAUCGUCGAGAAGCUCUUAAUUCAGCUGUUGUUGCUGACCCUAAUUUAAAAUCAAAACUGAAGAUCAAGGACUCUGGCAGUGCGGGUAGGCCUCGCCUCGAAGAAACACAGCCUUUGUUGUUGUCUGAAAUUGUCCAAAUCGCUAGGCAUGGAUCAGCGGCUCAUGAAAAGCGACAAGAUGAAAUCUAUCGUAGCAUCUUAACCUUGGAUGAUUUAACUGAGCAACUUACUAAAGACGGAUUUCACGUGAAAAGAUCAUCAGUGUACCUUCGAUUACAGCCUAAAAGGAGUAGUAGCCACCAAGGAAAGCGCCAUAUUGACACGGUUCCAGUGAGACUUAUUCGGGCUCAGAACGACUUUCAUAAAAGUCAUCCAGAUCAGAGACUGUGUCAAGCAACUAUACGUACCAUGGAUGAACUUGCAUCUCUUUUGGGACCGUCAGAAGUGUGCUACAUCUCUCAAGACGACAAAGCAAGGUAUUUAUAAUUUCAAAUAAUUUCUGGCCUUUUAUUAGAACUAUUUUUCUAUUGUCACUGUCUUUUUAUUUA